CCACUAUUGUCCCUAAUCCUUAUUGUGGCUAGCUUCUCAAAAACACACAACCCAGUCCGGUCGAGCCUCACUAGCCAGUUGAAGCUCGCUGGAUGCUUAUAACCUUAGCUUUGGGCAAUAGGGUUAAGUAGCUAGCUAGAUUUAUUUUAAUGAACAUGACGUUCAAUUGCAAUAGGUGAAAAAGUGGCUAACUAGCUAAUAGUUACAAGGAUUCCUAAAUCUUUAAUAAGAAUAAUGGAAAGGACUGCAGUGUCUAUUGGUCAUUGUUUUCAGGCUGGUUGUAUUGGUGCGAGCUAGGUACCACACUAAAGCUAGGUUUUAUUACCAACGCGGUAUUGUAAACACAUCGUUUGUGGCCGGUGUUUGCUUGUUUGUAGACUUUUGUACAGCUUUGACAGUGCUACUUAUAGUGGCGGCGCUUGGCUUGCACAUGCAAUUUCAGAACACACAACAUUCCAUAAUAUAACUGUUAUUUGAUGUAAAAUGAAAAGCACUAACACGCAAAGACCCAAACAGCGUUCCGUUUGCUUUUACUGUGUAACUCCUUUAGGGCAACAUCUGAAAAAUAGUACACUUGGUAGUGUACCGUGCUCGACCAGUUGGCGAGAGCCAACAUCACCCACAACAGAGAACAGUUGAUUGUCAAGGGCAAUGAAUGCGUUUAAUGGAUUUCGCCUUUGAGUUGUCUCACUGAAAUUGUCUUACUCUUAAUGAAUGCUCGACUUGACUGCUCGAUGCAGACAUUGGGGGCUAGGUUAGGAAUGCUGUGUAGUGCAACAUUUUACGUGGCGUCAUUAUCAUGUACCUACGCACGUAGGCUUUGAAAUCGGUGUUAAACUGGACAGACAUUGGGCCGAUACCGAUGUUGGCAUUUUUAUUUAAUGUCGUCUGAUUCCGAUAUCAUGCAUCCCUAGCUGUAACAUAACAAAAUGUGGAUAAAGUCAUGGUUCUGAAUACUUUCUGAAUGCACUGUAGCUAGCCACUGGAGAACAAUACAACAAUUCAAAUUCUGACAACGACAUCUGGCUUUUGUUGUGAAGCCAAAUCCAAACUGGCUUCCCUUUACUUUUUUGGGGGGUGCGCCAGGACCAUUUAUAGUUGAGCUCAACGCUGUUUGGAUUAUUUGAUUAAGAAAAAGAAAGAAUGGCCAAAUGCUCGCUGGCUUCCCUUGCAUUCAAUGAUAGAUGGGCUACACAUACAGAGGGGCACUUAUUUGCUUGCUUUCUCCGGUGAAAUACAUUCAGCCUCUUGUGAAUUGAAGGAAAAUGAUGGCUUCCCUUGGCACCCAUGAAUACACGCCACUGUAAGGCUAGUCUUACCUAUCCCAUAAUGUGCCUCUGUAGUCUAUAGAUGUUCACUGUGAGAUCAUUCAGGGCUCGUCUGUCUCUAAUCCCUUUCAUGUCGACUCACUACCAUGAAUGGGAGAAGGCUCCAUCGAAGGAUGCGGUGCGGCAGCUAUGUGCUGACAGUUUCCCUUCUGGAGCCCCUGAGUCAUGGCGACUCGCGGAAAGUACAGCAGGGACCCUGUCUGUAUCUGCCAUCGAGGCAAAGGAGCUUAUUGCAGCCCUGCACACCCUUUCUCACCACAUCCUGUUCCAUAACCUGACAGCGCCUGAGCAGAUCCUUGUACUAUUCCCCAAGUCAUUCCACCCCAGCCUCAAGAUCCUCAUUACCAAGAUUAUGCUUGAGCACAGCACCACAUGGAGAAAUGAGGCUCUGUCUAAUCAAAUUUCGCUGCCCCAUCUAGUGGAGAUGGACUGGAGAGUCGACAUGAAGACUGCAUCUGACUCGGUCAGUCGCAUGGCUGUGCCCACCUGCCUGGUGCACAUGAAGGUGGAGGACUCCAGCUGUCUAAGGGGCAGUGGCGCUCUCUCAUCGGUCACGGUGGAGUUGAGCAAGGAAACUCUGGACACCAUGCUGGAUGGCCUGGGCCGGAUCCGUGACCAAUUGUCAGUGGUGGCCAGAAAAUGAGACCCCUCACCAGAAUGGCCACACCGGAGGCCUUGGGUGCAUCAUUUUCGAUACUCUAAAGUGACUUUUACUCCUCAUCUCCUCUCAUUUAUCUGCACAAAUCUGAAAACAGAGAAAUCAAUUGUGUGUGCCCAUUUUCUACUAAUCGACAUAAGUUUCAAAUGUAAACACUUGAUAAAGUGACACUGCCAGGGUAUCAGCCACAAAAGUUGUGUCAGUGCCGUUUUAAGGAAGGUGGGAAAGAAAAGGUAGCAAUUUUAGACAUGGGCUAAAAAAAUGGAAAAGGAGAAGAGACUCGUUCCUCUAGUCCUGGGGGAAGAAACAAACAAGUACACACAAUCCCAUCAUUAGCACUGAUCUGGUAGCGCCACCACAUUCCUCCUUGAAUUCAAUGUUUAUGUCAAUAAAUGAAGAGAUUAAUGCUGAA